GUGGUCUCAAUUCGAGAGGAGAGAGCAAUCAUCCAAAAAUCGAUCUGGAACGAGCAGAGGUCUGUGAACUCGAGCUGUGAGAGUGCUGAGACUAUUUGGUCGAUAUCUCGAGUUUUACAAAUCCAAUUAAGGCGUGUGAGAUACCCACAGAAAGAUCUCAAGACGAGGAAUCUGUGAAGGUCUGGUUUGCAGGAAUCGGAGUUGUGGAAGGCUUCCAAAUCGUCCGAGCAAAACACAACCUCGCAGGAGAGGAUUUAAUCUUCUAAAAGAAACGAGUUGACCGGGAAACACCCGUUCUAGGGGCUGUUUUCGUAUCAACGAUUAAGGGUUGAACUAGCACUUUGAGGAGGCUGUUUAACACUCAUAUUUGAGCAAGGAAUCAGUUCCAAAUCCACCUUGACCAAAGCUUUGACCAUUGGACCAAGAAGGGAAAGUUUAAAGCUCAAUUGAGGUUGAGGCUAGAGCUUGCUUCCUGUGCUCGUUGCUCGAGAGAUCAUCUAGGAGCGAAGACUUGAAAUGGACCGUGGUGGCAGGAUUACUAGGAGAAACCCGACGGGUCGUGUACCAGUGGAGACUGGGCAGGGCAGUCGAAGGACCUCUAGGGCAUCUAGAGGAGCUGGCCGUGGAGGCCGAUCACAGACCGUGAGUGACGGUCAUGUCGACACGGAAAGUGAAACCUACUGGUCCUAUGAGGACUCGACCUAUCGACCGGAAACUGAACCGGUUGAGACCCCUUAUGAAGGGGAUGAUGACGAUGUAAGUGAUGAGGAGGAAAGUGGCUCCUUAGCACGGAUCGAAACACUACUCCAACAAUACCACCGGGAGCGUGAAGAGAGGAGGCAACGCCGAAGACGCCGAGCGGGGCAACCUUCGGGCAUGGCUUCAAGAGGAGGAAGUCAUGGUACAUCUAGAGUCCAUGUGGAACCACAUGGAGGCCAAAAUGAUGGAGGUCCAACCAUAAGGAUCUCCAAAUUUAUCAAGGAAGCAAGAGAUUUGGGGUGCAAACCCUUUGAUGGAGCAGGGGACAUUUCUGUUGCAGCACAAUGGAUCAAGAGGCUAAAUGAAGCAGCCCUUGACAUGCAAAUCGCGCCGAAUCUCAAACUGAGAAUUGCGGUAAGAUUGCUCGAGGGGAUGGCAUCCAAGUGGUGGGAUGGAACCAAGAGCAAGUACGGUGAGACCGUCGUUUGGGAAGACUUCCAACGGGAGUUCUUUGGCCAAUAUUAUUCUGAUUUUGAAGUGAACAAGAAGGUGAGGGAAUACACCCUCCUAACCCAAGGGGGUAACAUGACAGUGAAGGAACUUGAGUACAAGUUCCGGGAUCUCGCCGACUACAUACCGGAGUAUGCUUGCGACGAGAACCGAAUGGUGAACCACUUUUGGGAUGCUCUUGACUUGGAGAUACGUGAUAGGGCAACACAAUUGCCUAAUAUGACUUACGCCCAAGUGGUUGACUAAGCGUUGAAGGGGGAGAAACAGUGGGAGGAGAGGAAGAAGAGAGACGCCGAGGAGGCGAAAAAGAGAAAGUGGGAGAGUCAUGGCUCCCAAGGUUCCAACAAAAAGGGGAACCAUGGAGGAGGGUCUUUCCGGGCACCGCCGCCACCGUCUAGGGGGAACCAAGGCCCGAGUGGGCAAGGCGCGAGGUCACAAACCUCAGUGGUAACUCGUUGCAACAAUUGCAAGAAGCACCACUCCGGUAAAUGUCGCGACCCCCCUAGAUGUUUUCAAUGUGGGGAUGCCGGACAUUUGAAGGCGCAUUGCCAACAACUGGGCGGGGCAAGGACAUCGGGACCAAGUAGUGGCCCGACGGGUACACGGAAUCAGACCGGGGCUUCUCAAGCAAGCAGGGGACAAGGGGGAGCAAGCGCGAGCAAUGCGCCAUCCGUGAAUCAAGGAAGGACUCAAGCUAGAGUCUAUGCGAUGACGGAGGCGGAUGCUCGAGCGAACCCAGAUUCCGUUGCAGGUAAUUAUCUCAUUAAAGUGGGGUAUUUUAGCCUUAUUUAAGGUGUAUAUGAUUUUGGAGUAAGGCCCCGGCCACCGUAGGAGCAAAACUGGGCAUUCCGAGUCACGAAAACGAAGUAAUAUUGAAGUACUCGCCCAGACCGGCGCCGGUCCGAGCCUACCCGGCGCCGGACAUGCCCUGGAGAGCAGCCUGUUUCGGACCGGCCCUCUCCAACCGGCGCACAAUAGGGAAAUUUUCCAUCCAACCGGCGCCAGCCACUGGCCAACCGGCGCCGGACCGUCCCUGGGAUGGGCCUGUGUCCGACCGGCCCUCUACAACCGGCGUUGAUGGCCUGCGAAACCCACCCAACCGGCGCCGGACACCCACCAACCGGCGCCGGACCUUCCCUGGAGCGAGCCUGUGUGGAACCGGCCCACUAUGACCGGUGCAGCUGGGACGUUUAACCCGGACAACCGGCGCCGGACAGGCCUAAACCGGCGCCGGUCCGAAGCUGUUUUCGUCCGAAAAUUUUCCGUAUCAAAACGGGACCCACCCCGUUUGAACGGUAAAUGCACCCUAACCCUAAAUAAAGUUUAGACAUGUUAGGAAUGGUGUCUUACAUGGCUUAUAAAUGUAGGAACAUUAAAGAUUAAUGGGAAGGAUGCACGAAUCCUUAUCGAUACCGGAGCGCAACGUUCAUUCGUGAGUGAGGCGUUCGCCGAGGGUUUAGGGAUACAAUCAAUCCCAAUGACGCAAACUCUAGUGGUAUCAACACCACUAGGGGAUGACAUUGAAAGAGCUACUUACUAUCCAUCUUGUGAGGUGGAAAUCGAUGGCCAAACCUUGACGUGUGAUUUCGUACCGCUGAGUAUGAUGGAGUUCGAUGCAAUCCUAGGGAUGGAUUGGCUAGAAAAGCAUCAUGCUAGGGUAGAUUGCUACACAAAGGUUUUGGAACUCGAAGGCAAUAAUGGGGACACCCUACGCUUCGAGGGGGAUCGAGGCAAAUCAAACAGUUGUAUCAUAUCCGCUGUGAGAGCGAGAAGUAUGAUAAGAAAGGGGUGCCACGCAUAUCUAGCAUACGUGGUUGACAAAACCAAGGAGGAAACAAACAUCGACGACGUGAGGGUGGUUUGUAAGUAUCUGGAUGUCUUUCCUAAAGACCUACCGGGGCUUCCACCUGAUAGGGAGAUUGAAUUUGUGAUCGAGGUUGAGCCUGGUACCAAACCAAUCUCCAUACCGCCAUACCGUAUGGCACCCGCUGAACUUAACGAGUUGAAAACCCAAUUGCAAGAGCUUUUGGAUAAUGGUUUCAUUAGACCAAGCCACUCCCCGUGGGGAGCACCCGUUCUUUUUGUGAAAAAGAAAGAUGGGACACUUCGAAUGUGUAUUGACUAUCGUCAACUGAACAAGGUCACAAUCAAGAAUAGGUAUCCCUUGCCUAGAAUUGAUGACUUGUUUGACCAACUACGAGGGGCAACCGUGUUUUCGAAGAUUGACUUGAGGUCGGGGUACCAUCAAUUGAAGAUUAAGGAGGAUGACAUACCAAAGAGUGCUUUCCGCACAAGGUACGGGCAUUUUGAAUUCCUUGUUAUGUCGUUUGGGUUAACAAACGCCCCGGCGGCAUUCAUGGACUUGAUGAACCGAGUAUUUCAUAAAUACUUGGACCGAUUCGUGAUUGUGUUCAUAGAUGACAUCUUGAUUUACUCAAGGAGUGAAGAAGAGCAUGAAGAGCACUUGAUACUCGUUCUUGAGACACUACGGGAGAAGCAACUCUAUGCCAAAUUUUCUAAAUGUGAAUUUUGGCUAAAGGAGAUUGGCUUCCUCGGGCACGUGGUUUCGGGAUCGGGAAUUGCUGUUGAUAACAAGAAGAUAGAAGCCAUUACUGAAUGGGAGAGGCCAAAGAACGUCAAGGAAAUUCGUAGUUUCCUUGGAUUGGCAGGCUACUACAGAAAGUUCGUGGAGAAGUUCUCUGUUUUGGCAUCGCCAUUGACGAAGCUCACCCGUAAAGGAGCUAAGUUUGUAUGGGAUGACAAAUGUGAGAAAGGGUUCAUGGAACUAAAGAAGAGAUUGACUGAGGCACCGGUACUUGCAUUACCCAAACAAGGUGUGGGGUACGAUGUCUAUAGCGACGCGAGCAUCCAAGGGCUUGGAUGUGUACUGAUGCAGAAUGAGAGGGUAAUUGCCUAUGCUUCACGACAAUUGAAGAAGCAUGAGGUGAAUUAUCCUACUCAUGAUUUGGAGCUGGGGGCAGUGGUGUUUGCACUAAAGAUAUGGAGACAUUAUCUCUACGGGGAGACAUGUCACAUAUACACUGACCACAAGAGCUUGAAGUACGUGUUUACUCAGAAAGAGCUAAACAUGAGACAGAGACGGUGGAUGGAGCUGAUAAAAGACUACCAUCUAGUGAUAGAGUAUCACCCAGGCAAGGCAAACGUGGUGGCAGAUGCUUUGAGCCGGAAGAGCUCGUCUGGGGCAUUGCUAGCUAAUUUGAGGGCAUUAAGAGCCCAACUGGAGGUAACCAGCGAUGGUGCCUUAUUGGCACGAUUUGAGGUGAGACCUACUUUACUUGAUGAGAUCAAGAAGGGUCAGGAAGCCGACGAAGAACUUAUGAAGGUCCGGGGACGCAUGCAAGCGGGGCCAGUGGAGGAUUUCAGGGAAAGAGAUGAUGGUCUCUUGUUAUUUCGUGACCGAGUGUGUAUACCGUCAGAUGAUGAGCUCCGAAAGUCCAUCUUAGAGGAGGCUCAUUCAUCGGCUUAUGCCAUGCACCCGGGGGGCACGAAAAUGUACCGUGAUUUGAAAGAAAGUUACUGGUGGUCUGGAAUGAAGAGGGAAAUAGCCGAGUACAUCAGUCGGUGCCUUACUUGUCAACAAGUUAAGGCAGAACAUCAGCACCCAGCAGGCUUAUUGCAACCACUCUCCAUCCCUGAAUGGAAGUGGGAGCACGUGACUAUGGAUUUCGUGGUAGGCUUACCACGGACUAUCAGGAACUAUGACGCGGUUUGGGUCGUUGUGGAUAGGCUCACAAAGAGUGCACACUUCUUGCCUAUCAACACUACCUACCCACUCGAGAGGUUAGCCAAAUUGUACACGGAUGAGAUCGUGAGGCUACAUGGGGUUCCAGUGACCAUUGUAUCCGAUAGAGACCCACGAUUCACAUCACGUUUUUGGCCGAAAUUUCAGGAGUCUAUGGGAACGAGGUUGAAGUUCAGUACUGCUUUCCACCCACAGACGGACGGGCAGUCUGAAAGAGUCAUACAGAUCUUAGAAGACAUGCUGAGGGCUUGUGCAUUAGAGUUCCAAGGAAGUUGGGACAACCACUUAGCACUUGUGGAGUUUGCCUAUAACAACAGUUAUCAGGCAAGCAUCGGCAUGCCUCCAUACGAGGCAUUGUAUGGGAGGAGAUGCCGUACACCGUUAUGCUGGGAUGAGGUUGGCAUGGCCAAACUCGAGGGUACUGAGUUGGUUGAGGUCACCAAGUCAAAGGUGAAGUUGAUUCGAGAGAGACUCAAGGCGGCUCAGGAUAGGCAAAAGAGUUAUGCGGAUAAGCGUCGAAGGACCUUAGAGUUUAAGGUUGACGACGAGGUAUUCCUGAAAGUUUCUCCUUGGAAAGGAAUCAUUCGAUUCCAAACCCGAGGAAAGCUUAACCCACGAUAUAUAGGCCCAUUCAGAAUUAUAGAGAGGGUUGGGGCCGUAGCAUAUCGUCUACAGUUGACUCCUGAGUUGGAGAAGAUUCAUAAUGUAUUUCACGUGUCCAUGCUUAAGAAGUAUGUGCAUGAUCCUUCUCAUGUGUUGGAGAAGCCGCCCGUGGAGGUACGUGAAGAUUUGAACUAUGCCGUGCAACCGGUCAGAGUUAUUGACAGAAAAGUGAAGAAACUGAGGAGUAAAGAAGUUCCAAUGGUUAAAGUCCUUUGGAAGAGUGACCGGGUCGAAGAAGAGACUUGGGAAACAGAAGCCUUGAUGAGGAAGCAGUAUGCAUUCCUAUUUGAGUAAAGCUGUGAAUUUCGGGGACGAAAUUCCUGUUAAGGGGGGGGUGAACUUGUGACACCGCUCCCGAAGGUCCUUGAAAAUUUGAUUUGAAUAUUCAAAGUUUAUGUAUUGGAUUUCUGAUUCCCAAACAUUUUGUAAAACGAUCAAUGUUCUACGUAGUGCAUGGUUGAAUAUCGUACUGUUCAAACUCGUACAUUAGUGUCGGGUUUCGCAAAUACUUACUCGGGACUUAUUAAUAAAUAAAAGAGCCCAACAUUAUCUACAUAAGUGAUCGAAGGAUUAAAGAAGAAUACAAAUGCCUAUAACCCCAUCUUUGGCAUUUUUCGAGCUAAAUAAUGGGAGUAGGAUUUUCCUUCUAUAACAUCCAUCAAGUAAAUUAUUGGGAUGAGCCUACACAUAUUGGAGGUCAAUAAUGUGAUUUAGGAAGUUGACUUGUUCUAAAUAAAUUAGGAUGAGUACAAAAAGACAUCUUUGACAAAGAUAAAACAAUAGGACCCAUCUUCCCAUUUUUUGGAAGUAUUGGUAGAUAUUUUGGACCCCAAAUUGAUUGGGAUUAAUUGGGGGGCAUCCCAUGUGGCUUGAGUACCUGCAAGACAAGGAAAAUGUGUGAGAAGACUCACCUUGGCCGCACCACAUGGAGGAGCAUUGCCAUGACACAAUUGGGAUCAAAUUUUGGGGCCACCACCACUGUUUUCGCACAAACAGGUGGGCUGUUUUGUCUCCCUUCAUGAGUGAGGUUAUACUCGGCCAAAUGAGGUGUAUAAGGUGUCCUUGGAUAGCUUUUGAAGUCUAUUUUUAUAAUUGAGUGGUCUCAAUUCGAGAGGAGAGAGCAAUCAUCCAAAAAUCGAUCUGGAACGAGCAGAGGUCUGUGAACUCGAGCUGUGAGAGUGCUGAGACUAUUUGGUCGAUAUCUCGAGUUUUACAAAUCCAAUUAAGGCGUGUGAGAUACCCACAGAAAGAUCUCAAGACGAGGAAUCUGUGAAGGUCUGGUUUGCAGGAAUCGGAGUUGUGGAAGGCUUCCAAAUCGUCCGAGCAAAACACAACCUCGCAGGAGAGGAUUUAAUCUUCUAAAAGAAACGAGUUGACCGGGAAACACCCGUUCUAGGGGCUGUUUUCGUAUCAACGAUUAAGGGUUGAACUAGCACUUUGAGGAGGCUGUUUAACACUCAUAUUUGAGCAAGGAAUCAGUUCCAAAUCCACCUUGACCAAAGCUUUGACCAUUGGACCAAGAAGGGAAAGUUUAAAGCUCAAUUGAGGUUGAGGCUAGAGCUUGCUUCCUGUGCUCGUUGCUCGAGAGAUCAUCUAGGAGCGAAGACUUGGUUCGUGCUUCCUCCAUUCGGAUUUUAAACAUUAAUAAACAUGCUCAUGGAUAUUUUAUUAUAGAGCCUGCGUGCUCAUGAAUAGCCCUGUGUGGCCCUUUUGUUUUAAACAAUGUUUUCCGCUGCUUUAUGAAUUACUUAUUAUGUUGUUUAUGGAUGACUUGUGUGUGAAUGAUAUUCAUGACGCCUUGUAUAAUAUGAAUGUGUUGGACUGCGGUUGACUAUUCGUAUUGUACGGCGGGUUGUUGACGUGUCCGGGGAGGUCCGGGGCGUGACAGGUCGGGCCGGUCCCGGGCCGGGCGGCCCGAACCGGGUCCAAGCCUACUAACAACUAACAAGCUCACACUAUAAGCAUACCAUUACAAUUUAAGUCUAGUACUACCCCAAACAGGGCCGGUCCUAAGAAAAUGGAGGCCCUGUGCAAUAACAAAAUUUGGGCCUUCCUUUCUGACAUAAUUAUUGAUCGACA